AUGAUAAAACAUAGAUUGUUAUUUUGUCUCUUCUUAAAAAUUCUAGCGGCAAGAGAGAAAAUCAACGAAGAGCAGCCAAAUAUCAUUUUUGUUUUGGUAGAUGACCUGGGCUGGAGUGAUGUCAGCUGGAAUAAUAAAAAGAUAAAAGCGACCCCGUUUCUUGGGCAGCUAGAAAAACAUUCGGUUACUUUGACAAGUUCUUAUUCGACUCACAGGUGUACUCCAAGUCGAGCGUCUUUAUUAACGGGGAAGUACGCCUGGCGAUUUGGAUUAGGGACUGACCCUAUCGAUGCGAACACAGCCGCAGGCCUCGAUCUAAAAGAAAAACUUCUGCCAGAAAUCCUCAGGGAAAAUGGCUACUCAACUCAUCACGUGGGAAAGUGGCAUUUAGGCCAUUGCAACUCGUCGUAUCUUCCUCACAAUCGCGGAUUCGAUACUUUUUACGGCCACACUGGAGGAGUACUGAAUUAUUUUCAGCAUAAUCGAGCGGUGGGAAACUGCAAGUAUCUCGAUUAUUUUGAGAACGACAAGCCUUUGGAAAAGAAGAAGGGGGUUUACUCGACUUUUGACUUUGGGGAUCAUGCAAGAAAGUUGUACAAUGAGAUUGGUGAUCCGAAGUUUAUUUAUUUAGCCCUGAAUGCGCCGCAUGGACCACUCAUGGCGCCGGAUUAUUUGAUCGAAGAAAUGAAAAAGUUGUACCCAGACUCGCCGAGAACUAGACUGACGUAUCUUGCAAUGGUGAAAGCGAUAGAUAUGGAAAUGGAAAAGCUGUUGGGAACAAUUUGGAUGAAAAACGAAGAAAGAGAUACUAUAAUAGCAACGGGAAGAAACCCUCUGAAAGUUUUUCAAUCUGACAAUGGCGGGCCUCUGUACAUGAAUGGGAGACCAAAGGAUCUGGACCCUUCAAGAUAUCGGCAGGCUUGCAACUACCCCUAUCUCGGCGAGAAAACGCUCUUGACCGAGGGUGGAACGCUUUCUCCGACGAUAGUUUAUUCGGUAAAAAAUCGAUUCCCGAAGCGCAAUCUUCCUCACUUAUUCCACAUUUCUGACUGGUUCCCGACUCUUCUUAGCCUCGCUCACGUUCCUGAAGCCGAAUAUGGAAAGCAAAAGAACUUGGACGGAAUCAAUCAAGUUUCAAUCUUCGGAUGGAAGAAAGUAGCCAAACCGCUGCGGACGAAAAUGGUCUAUGGCCUGACAAAUCAUUUCACGGUAGAAAACGGCUGGGACGUAAAAUUCGUCGCAAGAGUUGGAGAAAUGAAAUAUUACAGUUACAAAAUCGAGGCACCGGUGCUGAAAUGUCCAGAAGGAUUCAGCAACGACAAGUUUCUGCGGCUUCUGCGAGACGACUUGGGAAAUGACAAUAUCGUGGAGAUGAUGGGUCGAGUCCGAAACGCAAGUAACACGAUUCUUGGGAGCAGAGUCAAAAGAGACCAUAAAGGAUAUUCUCUUUUCAACUUGACGGCUGAUCCUUUUGAGCAAAAUGAUCUGGCAAAAGGCGAAGCCUACCUCAAAUCGGUCAACGCUCAUCUCGUCGAAAAAUACGGCGAAGGCAUCGGUAAAAAGACAAUCAAGGUCGAAAACCGCCUCGGCUGGAAACUUCCGAUAACAGGGCCAAAGCACAAUUUCUGGAACCGGAUCUACAGUUUCAUCACUCCGCAAAGAACGAAAAAGUUUCUCGCAAAAUCAGGACGAAUUAACGGAAAAUUGGUUGGGCUGGACUUUUGUGAAAGUAAAAAGGAUGAAGAACUGAUGCUUGAAAUUUUAAAUCCGGUACAGAUAAAAACUUCGAAAAGAAAGAAAAAGACGCAACACAUCCUCACCAAACUCAUAACAAACCAAUUUCCCUCACUCGCCGUAAGUCUCGAUUCAUGA